GCUGCCUGCCGGGAGCCAAAACGAAAGCACUCUGGCGGGGACUGGAUGGGAGUCAGGACUCCUGGGAGAGGGCGUUCGCAAGCGGCCCAGCGCCGGGACCCCGAGACCGGGGAGGGAUUCCGGCCCCUCCUACCCGCAGGCACGCAGCUGAGUGGGAGAAGAGGUGUGGUGUCAGCCCCCCUUCGGGGUGGGGGCAGGACAGGGCCUCAGGCCUGGGUGCUGCCUGGCACCUGGAAGAUGCCUGUGCCCUGGUUCUUUCUGUCCUUGGCACUGGGCCGAAACCCUGUGGUCCUCUCUCUAGAGAGGGUUGUGGGGCCUCAGGACACUGCCCGCUGCUCUCCGGGCCUUUCCUGCCACCUCUGGGAUGGUGACAUGCUCUGCCUGCCUGGGAGCCUCGUGUCUGCUGCAGGCCCCGUGCUGGUGCCCACACGCCUGCAGACAGAGCUGGUGCUAAGGUGCUACAAGGAGACCGACUGUGACCUCUGUGUGCGUGUGGCCGUCCACUUGGCUGUGCAUGGGUACUGGGAAGAGCCUGAAGAUGAAGAGAAGUUUGGAAUUGCAGAGGACCCAGCGAUCGAGGAGCCUAGGAACGCCUCUCUCCAGGCCCACGUCGUGCUCUCCUUCCAGGCCUACCCUACUGCCCGCUGCGUCCUACUGGAGGUGCAAGUGCCUGCUGCCCUCGUGCAGCCUGGUCAGUCUGUGGGCUCUGUAGUAUUUGACUGCUUCGAGGCUGCCCUGGGGGCUGAGGUGCGAAUCUGGUCCUACACUCAGCCCCGGUACCAGAAGGAACUCAAUCUCACACAGCAGCUGCCUGACUGCAGGGGUCUUGAAGUCCGGGACAGCAUUCAGAGCUGCUGGGCCCUGCCCGGGCUCAAAGUGUCUGCAGAUGGCGACGACGUGCGCCUUGUGCUGGACGUCCCUGAGGAGCAGCGCUUUGGCCUCUCCCUGUACUGGAACCAGGUCCCGGGCCCUGCAAAACCCUGGUGGCACAGAAACCUGACUGGGCCGCAGACCAUCACCUUGAACCACACAGACCUGGUUCCCUGCCUCUGUAUUCAGGUGUGGCAUCUGGAGCCCGACUCUGUAAGGACCAGCAUCUGCCCCUUUAGGGAGGACCCCCGCGCACACCGGAACCUUUGGCGUGCCGCCCGGCUGCAGCUGCUGCCCCCGCGGGCCUGGCGGCUGGACGCGCCGUGCUCACUACCCGCUGAGGCCACACUGUGCUGGCAGGCACCGGAUGGGGGCCCCUGCCAGCCGCUGGUCCCACCGCUGCCCCUAGAGAAUGUCACUGUGAACAAGGCUCUUGAGUUCCCAUUGCUGAAAGGCCACCCCAACAUCUGUGUCCAGCUUUUGCUUUUCCUCGUGCCCCUAACCCUGGCCCCUUCUGAGCAGGUGAGCACCUGGGAGAAGCAGGAGCUACAAGAGUGCUUGUGGGCUGACUCCCUGGGGCCCCUCAAGGAUGACAUGCUGCUGGUGGAGACACGAGGCCCCCAGGACAACAGAUCACUCUGCGCCUUGGAACCCAGUGGCUGCACUCCACUGCUUAGCAGGGCAUCCACGAGGGCAGCUCGUCUUGGAGGGCCGUUACUACAAGAUGUGCAGUCAGGCCAGUGUCUUCAGCUGUGGGACGAUGACCUGGGAGCACUAUGGGCCUGCCCCAUGGAAAAGUACAUCCACCGGCGCUGGGCCCUGAUCUGGCUGGCCUGCUUACUCUUGGCCGCUAUGCUUUUCCUUCUCCUCCUCCUCAAAAAGAACCACGUGAAAGGGUGGCUGAGGCUCUUGAAGGAGGACGUCCGCGCGGGGGCGGCCGCCAGGAGCCGCGCGGCUCUGCUCCUGUACUCCGCCGACGACGCUGGCUUCGAGCGCCUGGUGGGCGCCCUGGCUUCGGCGCUGUUCCAGCUGCCGCUGCGCGUGGCCGUGGACCUGUGGAGCCGCCGCGAACUGAGUGCGCAGGGGCCCCUGGCCUGGUUCCACGCGCAGCGGCGUCAGACCCUGCAGGAGGGCGGCGUGGUGAUCCUCCUCUUCUCGCCCGGGGCCGUGGCGCUGUGCCGCGAAUGGCUGCAGGACGCGACGUCGGCGCCCGGGGCUCACGGCCCGCACGACGCCUUCGCCGCCUCGCUCAGCUGCUUGCUGCCAGACUUCUUGCAAGGUCGGGCGCCUGGCCGCUACGUCGGGGCCUACUUCGACAGACUGCUGUCCCCGGACGCCGUGCCCGCCCUGUUCCGCAGCGUGCCGGUCUUUUCACUACCCUCACAGCUGCCCGACUUCCUGGGGACCCUGCAGGGGCCCGCAGCCCCCCACCCCUGGCGGCUCGCGGAGAAAGCGGAGCAGGUAUCCCGGGCCCUGCAGCCCGCCCUGGACAGCUGCUUCCGGGCCCCGGGGACGGGAUGCGGGAUGGGGCCUGAGGCAGAGGACAGGACUUGAAUAAAGGCAGACGCUAUUUUUCUACCCGUGUCUCCCACAUG